CUCGUGGUUUUGAUAGACAGUCGAGCCUGAAGAGGUGCGCGCGAGGUCAGGUUGAAAACAUAAAGGAAGCUAAAACAAGUGAAGCCAACAUGUUUCUGGCUGCUGCCGCCGGUGUCUUGAGUGGAAAAACGCUGAGAGACGAAGCCUAAUUAAUGCAAACAGCGCAACAUGCACACAAUGACAGGCCAAUUGGGAGAAGAGGGGUCGUCCCGCUGUGCUUUUGUCCUCCUCCAGAGGAAAACUUCAAUCGCCCGGUUGCUCCGCCUUCAUUGGUCAGUAAAUUAGAUUCCUGAAGCCUCUGGGGGAGCCUCUCUCUGAUUGGUCCUUGUUGGCACGGUGAGGAGCUGUGGGCCAAUCGUGUUUUGUCAGGCCGGCCCACCCUGCUUUCCACAAUCCCCCCCCUUUUGCUCACCCAGCCAAACACACCACUGCUGUCUCACACACACCAGUGAAUCAACACUCACACACUCGUGCCGCAUGAGGCCCAGCAGCAGCAAAGUGGUGUGUGAGUCAGUGGAGAAACUGAAACCAGUGUGUGUGUGUGUGUGUGUGUGUGUGUUUCCUCUGCAGCAGAUUCCAGCAGGACAAUUGAGGAGCAGCACGUCUAAACUGAAGAGUCUUCACUCCAAGGGUCACGGAUGGGCUGGAGCCUAUCCCAGCUGACUUAUUGAUGCGAUCUCCAUUAUGGAGGUGCCCAGGAUGCCUCAUCCCGUCCCCUUCCCCCGGACUAUUCAUAACAUAGCCUCCUCAACGGCAGCAGCUGUCGAGAACAUCCCCUUGAAUGACAAGCAGGAAAAAAAACUCCAGGAGGAGACAGACGAAAGCUUGGAGUAUGAUCCAUUCGGGGAAGAGGAAGAACCCAUCGAGUCCGUGGAGGUCACGGACAAGGCCAUCCGCUCUGAGGUGAAGCUGUCCUCGCAAGACAGCUUCUCAGAGGAGCUUUCCACAUCUGAGGAGAGGAAGUCCGCGGAGGAGGCUGAAAGGAUCGCGAAGGAAGAGGAAGCGGCCAAAGAGCGGGCGGCCCAGAGGCAGCUGAUGGCCGUCCAAGAGCUGGUGCACUCUGAGAGAAGCUACCUGCGAAUGCUACAGGUCAGCACUGUGACCAUCAGGAGCAACCUGCAGAAACUACAGCCUCCGCUUGCCAACUUGGACAGCAUGUUCCUCUACAUCGAGGAUGUGAUCGACGUUUCCAGUCGCCUCCUUAGCCUGCUGGAUCAGAAGCAUCUGCAGCCUGGAGAUCCGCUCUUCCUGGAGGCACUGUGUGAUGCCUUCCUGAGCCUCUCCUCCGAAAUUGAGGCCGCCUACAAGGAGUACCUGACUAACUACAACCGCGUCACUGUGGUGGAGAACUCCUACAAAAAGAAGGAGGCACUGUGGGACGAGAUCGUCAAAGUCAUCAAGACAUCAGCGCCGGAAGUGAACGCCUCCUCCCUGAGUUUCUUCCUGGUGAUGCCAGUGCAGCGCAUCGCCCGCUACCCGCUUCUUCUGCAGACCAUCCAGAAGCACACAGACACGCGUCACCCAGCGUACACGCUCCUGGAGCAGGCGGCUCACACGUCCAUCGCCCUCAACUGUCGCAUCAACGAGUAUAAGCGCUUCAGAGAAGUCGCUGACAAAUACAAGAAGACCGAGACGCUGAGCAUCAUGGACAAGAUCAACCGCUUGAGCUCUCACAGCAUCGCAAAGAAAACAGCCAGGAUUGGACAGUUCAUCAAACACGAGACAGGGAUGGCUCCCAAGCUGGUGGACGAGGAGUUUGAUGCGCUCGAAUGCUUCUUUUACAUCCUGGAACACGGCAUCUUGGAGCUGCUGGACAACGUGGAGUUGUACCUCCACCACCUUCAGAGAUUCCUCCGUUGUAAAACAGAGGAGUUUGACUUGGACAUGGAUGGCGAGAAGGCACCCAUUUGCUACAAGGAGAUCACAACCGCACUCAGGCAGUGGAUCCUCCCCACAUUUGAAAAGAGGAUGAGGACACUGAUUCACAAACCCCUCUGUGCGCUCCGUGACCUCCUGGUGGGCCCGAGGAAUCUGAUUCGGAAGAGGCUGGACAAGCUGCUCGACUAUGAAGUGAUUGAGGCCAAAUCUUCUCUGAGCUAUGAGGAACAAGCCAUAGCAAACACGUACAAGACCAUCAACACCUUGCUGCUUAACGAGCUGCCAAAGUUUAACGGCUUGGCGCUGCAGAUGAUUUGGAGCAUGCUGGGCACGUUCAGCUGCCUGCACAAAGACCUCACCUCUGACAUGGAGCAGCUCUUCCAAAGCUUUGCCCAACAGCUUCCCCACAGCUCUUUUGAGACCGGCAUGUUUUGGGAGUGGGCUGAGUCAGCAGUACUUGAGGGUUCAAGGAGGCUGGAGACUUUGUGUCACAGUGUGGAGGAGACGCUCUUGGCGCCCGCCGUGCAGCCUCUCGGCACGUCCUCGCAGCUCCGACUGAAGCAGCUGACUGACAAGCACGGCUCUGGCAAGAUCUACCAGGUGAUGAGCGCUGUGGUGGGCAGCCGGGACCUGGACCUAAGCCUGUCCAAAGGAGAGCUGGUGGCAGUCAUCAGCCACGCCGACACUCGCGGGGACAGACGCAGGUGGCUGGUGGAUGCUGGAGGUCGGCGAGGCUAUGCGCCAUGCGCCAAGCUGAUCCGCUAUCAUCAACCAGCGGACGAGCCGCCGCCAUCGCCUCACCCGCCCCUGCCGCAGGCUACCGGUGUUGCCAGAAGGCACUCUUACACGCCGGAGAUCCAACAAACUGAUGCAGCGCUCAGCCAGCCAUGCUUCCAGGUGUUUGCGGCCUACAGCUUCACAGCGAGGGGAAACCACGAAGUCUCCAUCAUGGCGGGCGAGCCGGUCCGCGUCCUGGAGCCUCACGACAAGAGGGGAAGCCGUGAGUGGAGCCUGGUGGAGGUGAGAGGCAGGCAGAGGGGCUACGUGCCCUCCAACUACCUCGCCCUGGUGCCCGUGGGGGCGGGCUCACUCGACGCCCACCAGCCGCGCUGCUAGCAUGGAGGCUAACCACAGCUCAGCGUCUGCACUAUGUCUCAAAAUGCUGCCGCUUUGUCAAACAUGCAGCACUGUUUUGAGGUUUCGCGGUGAGCAAGUUUGGCCAGUUUAUACUUCCUCUUCAAGAUGGCAAUAAAGUGCUCGUGAAACACCGCACUGAUCACAGGAAAGAAUCAAGUGGAUUGGAUUUGAAGGGCAACGUAAACUAGCAUGGGAGCGCAAAUAUCUGCACUGUUUCAGCUAAUUUCCAUCAUGAAUGGAACAUUGCAAAGCUCUGCUACUGCUACUAGCUUCAGAUCUUAUCUACAAACCGCACUUUGAAAACUCUUGACUGGAGCGUUAGCCACAAUCAGUGAGGACAUCACUGAUCAUUGCCAUGACUUGGAGUGCACCGCUAGAACAAGUUAGCGCCGCUAGCGCUAACUAUGCUACUGUGCUGGAUAUUAAAAGCAGAGUCGUUUUAUGUCCUGUGUGUGCAAGUCAGGACAGUGGAACCCCUUAAGGUCUGUCUAUCCCAGGACACUGGUCGUUCAGAUUUUAAAUGAUCCUUUUGGAAAGAGAAAAAGAAGCGAACGAGUGUAACCCACGUAAA